GGCGGAGUUUCGCUAGGACCUACGCGGGGCAGUCUGACGGCAGCGGUCCUGGGAGGCGCCCGCGCGCGUCGGAGCCGCUCCCCGUCCUCCGCAGCCGUCACCGCCGGCCGUCGCCGCGCCCUGGCCUCCCGCGCUCGCGCACUCCUGCCCGCCGCCCACCUCCCACUUCGAUGCGGUGCCGGGCUGCUGCGUGAUGGGGCUGCGGAGCGGCGCCCUGCGGCUCGCGGCGGCAGCUGCUCGCGCUGAGGUGCGUCGGUGCCCGGCUCCCCGCGCCGCCGCGCGCCGCGGCUCCUGUUGAUCCGGUUCGCCCUUCGGUCUGCAGCGCGGCUGAGGAAACUUGGCUGUAACUUCAAAAGAAGAUUUGGUUCUUUAUUUCUGGACUGCAUAUAUAUAACAAGGUCAUUAAAAUGUCGGGAGCCUCAGUGAAGGUGGCUGUCCGGGUAAGGCCCUUCAAUUCUCGAGAGACCAGCAAGGAAUCCAAAUGCAUCAUUCAGAUGCAAGGCAACUCGACCAGUAUUAUUAACCCAAAGAAUCCAAAGGAAGCUCCAAAGUCCUUCAGCUUCGAUUAUUCCUACUGGUCUCAUACCUCGCCCGAAGAUCCCUGUUUUGCAUCUCAAAACCGUGUGUACAAUGACAUUGGCAAGGAAAUGCUCUUACAUGCUUUUGAGGGAUAUAAUGUCUGUAUUUUUGCCUAUGGGCAGACUGGUGCUGGAAAAUCUUAUACAAUGAUGGGUAAACAAGAAGAAAGCCAGGCUGGCAUCAUUCCACAGUUAUGUGAAGAACUCUUUGAGAAAAUCAAUGACAACUGUAAUGAAGAAAUGUCUUACUCUGUAGAGGUGAGCUACAUGGAAAUUUACUGUGAGAGAGUACGAGAUUUGCUGAAUCCAAAAAACAAGGGUAAUUUGCGUGUGCGUGAACACCCACUUCUUGGACCCUAUGUGGAGGAUCUGUCCAAGUUGGCAGUUACUUCCUACACAGACAUUGCUGACCUCAUGGAUGCUGGGAACAAAGCCAGGACAGUGGCAGCUACGAACAUGAAUGAAACAAGUAGCCGUUCCCACGCUGUGUUUACGAUUGUUUUCACCCAGAAGAAACACGAUAAUGAGACCAACCUUUCCACUGAGAAGGUCAGUAAAAUCAGCUUGGUGGAUCUAGCAGGAAGUGAACGAGCCGAUUCAACUGGUGCCAAAGGGACUCGAUUAAAGGAAGGAGCAAAUAUUAAUAAGUCUCUUACAACUCUGGGCAAAGUCAUUUCAGCCUUGGCCGAGGUGAGUAAAAAGAAGAAGAAAACGGAUUUUAUUCCCUACAGGGAUUCUGUACUUACUUGGCUCCUUCGAGAAAAUUUAGGUGGCAAUUCUCGGACUGCAAUGGUUGCUGCUCUGAGCCCCGCAGAUAUCAACUAUGAUGAGACUUUGAGCACUCUGAGAUAUGCAGAUCGUGCAAAACAAAUUAAAUGCAAUGCUGUUAUCAAUGAGGACCCCAAUGCCAAACUGGUUCGUGAAUUAAAGGAGGAGGUGACACGGCUGAAGGACCUUCUUCGUGCUCAGGGCCUGGGAGAUAUUAUUGAUACAUCCAUGGGGUCCCUCACUUCAUCCCCAUCUUCCUGCUCACUCAAUAGUCAGGUGGGCUUGACGUCUGUGACCAGUAUUCAAGAGAGGAUCAUGUCUACACCUGGAGGAGAGGAAGCUAUUGAACGUCUAAAGGAAUCAGAGAAGAUCAUUGCUGAGUUGAAUGAAACUUGGGAAGAGAAGCUUCGUAAAACAGAGGCCAUCAGAAUGGAGAGAGAGGCUUUGUUGGCUGAGAUGGGAGUUGCCAUUCGGGAAGAUGGAGGAACCCUAGGGGUUUUCUCACCUAAAAAGACUCCACAUCUUGUUAACCUGAAUGAAGACCCACUAAUGUCUGAGUGCCUACUUUAUUACAUCAAAGAUGGAAUUACAAGGGUUGGCCAAGCAGAUGCUGAGCGGCGCCAGGACAUAGUGCUGAGCGGGGCUCACAUUAAAGAAGAGCAUUGUAUCUUCCGGAGUGAGAGAAACAACAGCGGGGAAGUUAUCGUGACGUUAGAGCCCUGUGAGCGCUCAGAAACCUACGUAAAUGGCAAGAGGGUGUCCCAGCCUGUUCAGCUGCGUUCAGGAAACCGUAUCAUCAUGGGUAAAAACCAUGUUUUCCGCUUUAACCACCCGGAGCAAGCACGAGCCGAGCGAGAGAAGACUCCUUCUGCUGAGACUCCGUCUGAGCCUGUGGACUGGACAUUUGCCCAGAGAGAGCUUCUGGAAAAACAAGGAAUUGAUAUGAAACAAGAGAUGGAGAAAAGGCUACAGGAAAUGGAGAUCUUAUACAAAAAGGAGAAGGAAGAAGCAGAUCUUCUUUUGGAGCAGCAGAGACUGGACUAUGAGAGUAAAUUGCAGGCCUUGCAGAAGCAGGUUGAAACCCGAUCCCUGGCUGCAGAAACAACUGAAGAGGAGGAAGAGGAGGAAGAAGUUCCUUGGACACAGCAUGAAUUUGAGUUGGCCCAAUGGGCCUUCCGGAAAUGGAAGUCUCAUCAGUUUACUUCAUUACGGGACUUACUCUGGGGCAAUGCCGUGUACCUAAAGGAGGCCAAUGCCAUCAGUGUGGAAUUGAAAAAGAAGGUGCAGUUUCAGUUUGUUCUGCUGACUGACACACUGUACUCCCCUCUGCCUCCUGAAUUACUUCCCACUGAGAUGGAAAAAACUCACGAGGACAGGCCUUUCCCUCGCACAGUGGUAGCAGUAGAAGUCCAGGAUUUGAAGAAUGGAGCAACACACUAUUGGUCUUUGGAGAAACUCAAGCAGAGGCUGGAUUUGAUGCGAGAGAUGUAUGAUAGGGCAGGGGAGAUGGCCUCCAGUGCCCAAGACGAAAGCGAGACCACUGUGACUGGCAGCGAUCCCUUCUAUGAUCGGUUCCACUGGUUUAAACUUGUGGGGAGCUCCCCCAUUUUCCACGGCUGUGUGAAUGAGCGCCUUGCCGACCGCACACCCUCCCCCACUUUUUCCACGGCUGAUUCCGACAUCACUGAGCUGGCUGACGAGCAGCAAGAUGAGAUGGAGGAUUUUGAUGAUGAGGCAUUCGUGGAUGACGCCGGCUCUGACGCAGGGACGGAGGAGGGAUCAGAUCUCUUCAGUGACGGGCAUGACCCGUUUUACGACCGAUCCCCUUGGUUCAUUUUAGUGGGAAGGGCAUUUGUUUACCUGAGCAAUCUGCUGUAUCCUGUGCCCCUGAUCCACAGGGUGGCCAUCGUCAGUGAGAAAGGUGAAGUGCGGGGAUUUCUGCGUGUGGCUGUACAGGCCAUCGCAGCGGAUGAAGAAGCUCCUGAUUAUGGCUCUGGAAUUCGACAGUCAGGAACAGCUAAAAUAUCUUUUGAUAAUGAAUACUUUAAUCAGAGUGACUUUUCGUCUGUUGCAAUGACUCGUUCUGGUCUGUCCUUGGAGGAGUUGAGGAUUGUGGAAGGACAGGGUCAGAGUUCUGAGGUCAUCACUCCUCCAGAAGAAAUCAAUCGAAUGAAUGACUUGGAUUUGAAGUCAAGCACUUUGCUGGAUGGUAAGAUGGUAAUGGAAGGGUUUUCUGAAGAGAUUGGCAACCACCUGAAACUGGGCAGUGCCUUCACUUUCCGAGUAACAGUGUUGCAGGCCAGUGGAAUCCUCCCAGAGUAUGCAGAUAUCUUCUGUCAGUUCAACUUUUUGCAUCGCCAUGAUGAAGCAUUCUCCACGGAGCCCCUCAAAAACAAUGGCAGAGGAAGUCCCCUGGGCUUUUAUCAUGUGCAGAAUAUUGCAGUGGAGAUCACUGAAUCGUUUGUGGAUUACAUCAAAACCAAGCCUAUUGUAUUUGAAGUCUUUGGGCAUUAUCAGCAGCACCCGCUUCAUCUGCAAGGACAGGAGCUUAACAGUCCGCCUCAGCCAUGCCGCCGGUUCUUCCCUCCACCCAUGCCUCUGUCCAAGCCAGUUCCAGCCACCAAGUUAAACACAAUGAGCAAAACCAGCCUUGGCCAGAGCAUGAGCAAGUAUGACCUCCUGGUUUGGUUUGAGAUCAGUGAACUGGAGCCUACAGGAGAGUAUAUCCCAGCUGUGGUUGACCAUACAGCAGGCUUGCCUUGCCAGGGGACAUUUUUGCUUCAUCAGGGCAUCCAGCGAAGGAUCACAGUGACCAUUAUCCAUGAGAAGGGGAGCGAGCUCCAUUGGAAGGAUGUUCGUGAACUGGUGGUCGGUCGUAUUCGGAGUAAGCCUGAGGUGGAUGAAGCUGCAGUUGAUGCCAUCCUCUCCCUAAAUAUUAUUUCUGCCAAGUACCUGAAGUCUUCCCACAACUCUAGCAGGACCUUCUACCGCUUUGAGGCUGUGUGGGAUAGCUCUCUACAUAACUCCCUUCUUCUGAACCGAGUGACACCUUAUGGAGAAAAGAUCUACAUGACCUUGUCGGCCUACCUAGAGCUGGAUCAUUGCAUCCAGCCGGCUGUCAUCACCAAGGAUGUGUGCAUGGUCUUCUAUUCCCGAGAUGCCAAGAUCUCACCACCACGCUCUCUGCGUAGCCUCUUUGGCAGUGGCUACUCGAAGUCACCAGAUUCGAAUCGAGUCACUGGCAUUUACGAACUCAGCUUAUGCAAAAUGUCAGACACAGGUAGUCCAGGCAUGCAGAGAAGGAGAAGAAAAAUCUUAGAUACCUCAGUGGCAUAUGUGCGGGGAGAAGAGAACUUAGCAGGCUGGCGGCCCCGUGGAGACAGUCUCAUCCUUGAGCACCAGUGGGAGCUGGAGAAGCUGGAGCUCCUACGUGAGGUGGAAAAAACCCGCCACUUUUUGCUGCUGCGUGAGAGACUUGGUGACAGCAUCCCCAAAUCCAUGAGUGACUCGUUAUCCCCCAGCCUCAGCAGUGGGACCCUCAGCACCUCCACCAGUAUCUCCUCUCAGAUCUCAACCACCACCUUUGAAAGCGCCAUCACACCCAGCGAGAGCAGUGGCUAUGAUUCAGCAGACAUCGAAAGCCUGGUGGACCGAGAGAAAGAGCUGGCUACCAAGUGCCUGCAACUUCUCACCCACACUUUCAACAGAGAAUUCAGCCAGGUGCACGGCAGCAUCAGUGACUGUAAGUUGUCUGAUAUCUCUCCAAUUGGACGGGAUCCCUCUGAGUCCAGUUUCAGCAGUGCCACCCUCACUCCCUCUUCCACCUGCCCCUCUCUGGUAGACUCUAGGAGCAACUCUUUGGAUCAGAAGACCCCAGAAGCCAAUUCCCGGGCCUCUAGUCCCUGCACAGAAUUUGAACAGUUUCAGAUUGUCCCAGCUGUGGAAACGCCCUAUUUGGCCCGAGCAGGAAAAAACGAAUUUCUCAAUCUUGUUCCAGAUAUUGAAGAAAUUAGACCAGGCUCAGUGGUCUCUAAGAAAGGAUACCUUCAUUUCAAGGAGCCACUUUACAGUAACUGGGCUAAACAUUUUGUUGUCGUCCGUCGGCCUUAUGUCUUCAUCUAUAACAGUGACAAAGACCCUGUGGAGCGUGGAAUCAUUAACCUGUCCACAGCACAGGUGGAGUACAGCGAGGACCAGCAGGCCAUGGUGAAGACACCAAACACCUUUGCUGUCUGCACAAAGCACCGUGGGGUCCUUUUGCAGGCCCUGAAUGACAAAGACAUGAACGACUGGUUGUAUGCCUUCAACCCACUUCUCGCUGGCACAAUACGGUCAAAGCUUUCCCGCAGAUGCCCGAGCCAGCCGAAAUACUAAGUGACUCUGCCGAGUGCCCUCACUCACCUUCGAGAGAUAAAACGUUACCUCUCAUUUCUCUUUGUGAUUCUUGACGGUGACUCUUGUAUGUAAUCCUGUGGCUUACCUACUUCUCCCUCCUUGUGCAACACUUUUCCAGCUCUCCCGUCCCCAUCUCCAUUGCUCUGUACUCUUUUCUUUUUUCCUGUGCUGAGAAUCUUGUUAGUAGCAUGUGGCCUAACAAAAGGAAAAAAUGUUUUUAAAUACACACAAACACACACACACAAACACAAAAGCUCUGAGGGGAUCUGGUGAAUCUCCAAAUAAUUGUGGGUGUACUUUGGCUUCCUUUUGUAUGAUAGGUCCCCAUCAUGACCACCUCUGAUGUCUGUGCUGCUGUCACCAGACACCUUUGUCUGUUUUUGAAGACAACAUGAUACUUUUUUCUUCUUUUCUCUGUUUGUGAUAUCACUUUAAUUUUUCUUGGGUGGCUUAGAGACUAAGGGAGGAGACAUCUGGCCUUUUUAGAACCUGAGAGGAAAAAAACAAUCGUUUUUUCCCCCUCUGUCUCUUUUUGCCAAGGCUAAUCCCUGUAUUUCCAUUUGGGGAAAAGGUGGUGGUGAGCAUAGAACUGGAACAGUUAUAUUCUGAGUCAAAGUUGGGGCUUUUUAGAGCAUAAUUAUGGAAUUUUUAUUUACUGGUAGAGAGGAGAAGAGAGGCUUUUUCAGUGGGCCUGGGACAGUGGCUGCUCUUGACCUCGUGUGAAGGGAAAUGCCAAGGAUGCUUCGGGUGGACUUCAGGGGACCCCAGGGUUUGGCUGUGGGCCAUGAUGGCAGCAGGCGGUGGGAGGCUUGUAGCUCCUCACAGCAGGAUUCCUGCCCACUGUUUUUUCUCUGCUGGGAAGGAAGCUUUUUUCUAGGAGUGUCUCAGUUCUGAUUUUGGCAUUAGUGAUGGUGGUGGUACAGUUGGAAUUAGUGCCAUGUCAUACAUAAAUGUUCCACAAGGCGGGAGUGUUUCACUUUCUGGUGAUAAACUUGAUGGUCACUGUUAUGAUUAAGAUAAUGCUGGGUAGGCUGGGCACAGUGGCUCACGCCUGUAAUCCAAGCACUUUGGGAGGCCGAGGCGGGCGUAUCAUGAGGUCAGGAGUUCAAGACCAGCCUGGCCAAUAUGGUGAAACCCCGUGUCUACUAAAAAUACAAAAUUAGUCGGCAUGGUGGCACACUCCUGUAAUUCCAGCUACUUGGGAGCCUGAGGCAGGAGAAUUGCUUGAACCCAGGAGGCGGAGGUUGCAGUGAACCAAGAUUGCGCCACUGCACUCUAGCCUGAGUGACAGAACAAGACUCCAUCUCAAAAAAAAAAAAAAAAAAAGAUAAUGCUGAAUAGUGACCUUGUGAUUGUUACAGCUCGCUUUGAUCAAAGAAAUGUAGCUUUCAGGCAUACACUUGGAAGUCUCCCUCUGAAUCCAGCAGUCAUUUUCAUUGAUGCUUGUCAAGUGGAAGAUGCUUUGAGUGAUGCUCUCUAUACUCAUAAAUAAGCAAAUGUGGCAGGCUUUGCUUUCUGGAUCCCAGGAUUAAAACUAACCGUGACCACUACUCCAAACAAAACACAAUAUGCCUAGGGGCACAGAAGAGCGUCGGGGAGCCCGGGCCCCAGGGUUUGUUGCGUAUUCCCUGCUCCUCUCCAUCUGGUGUGGAAACCCUGCCCAGGGAGAACGGAGGAUGCUCACUGUGGACAGAGUCUUCUUUCCUUCUGACAGACCAGGUCAUCUGGCUUCCGAGACCAUCAGAGAAGAUAAGUCUGUCUCUUUCAGCUGCCAGUAAGUUUUCCAGGAUGAGAGGGGAAAAGGAAAGCCUCCAGAGACUUCAGUUGCUUUGCCAGUUGUCUUGGGAUUGUUUUACACCAUCCUUUACUUCCCUUGCUCAGACCUCUCUGUUUCACCAUCACUCAGGCAUUCAGGAAAGUAUCUGCUCGCUCCUACUUGGUGAGGUCCUCGGCCUUGAGCUUGCUGACUCUCAGGCGAUAGGUAGCUGGAUGACUUCUUGCUUCAUGCAGCAAAGGCCAGGGCCUCGCACGCCUCUGCAGAGUUGUUGCUAGGGAGACUUGUGUCGUCGUCCACACCUUUGUUUCUCACUUCCUGGUUGGGCUCAUCUCUGAAGAACAGGUCUCCCAGCUUCGCUCCUUAUCACUGCAUUGUGAAGAGGAGGAAAAGUGAAUCACGGAGAGAGAGAAGAUAGAAUCACAGGCUGUGUCUGUACCUGAAAAGUGACCAGCGGAAACUCUAUGAUGGAUUUUUUUUUUUUAAUUUUCUUCCUCCCUUUAAAACAUAGGUCACUAACUCUGAUGUUAUUUGUUUUCUAAGUGGUAUGUGAGAUUUUUUAAUGUAGUUAGAAUUUUCAUUGUCUGAUGGACACAAUAUGCCCUUCUGGUUCUAUUCAAACCAGCAGGAUCUGUCGGUGCUUAGAGAUGGCUGCCUGGACUGGAAUCAAAUCUAAUUUCAGGGAAAUGAAGAUGGAAUUUGAAGGUCACUUUUGAAAUUAAGUCAUUGAUGCUGCUGUUACAAAGUGUGACAGAGGAUCCAUGUCUGUGACACAGGACAGUGGGAGGCCUGAGAGUUUGAAAUUAUGUGAUACACUGAAAUGACUUUGGUUUUUCUUCUAACUCAUACAAAACUGGUUUGGUAAGUCUUUGCUUUGGAAGUAUCAGACAUUAGAAUAGGCCAAACUGGACUGUCUGUUCAUAGCGUGCCCGGAUAAGAAGGCCUCUGAGGGAGCCAGAAGGAGCAGAGUGGUCGUGUUCUGCAUGCUCUCCACCCUCUGGGGAGCCCCUGCUGCGGCUGGCAGGUACAGACAGCCUCUGCUGGCCCCCAGCACGUCCAGGGUGGGUGCUCCUUUGCCUGACAGAACCAUCCCCACUCUGAAGCUCUGAGAGAAGAUUUGUGGCAGGAACUGUUUAUGAGGCUCUAGUUGUUGCUGUUGUGGCGGGAAAGUUAAGAAACCCAGCCCUUAAGGAAACCACCUUUAUUUAUUUAUUUAUUUUCUUAAAGCACGCCUUUAAAUAAGCAAAAAAUGUAAAAGGCAGAAAAGAGAAUUCUUAGGCAAAUUCAAACAAAUGAGUGCUAGUUAAAACUAAUCACCACCUCCUCUCUCUCUCAUCCUCCUUUCUCCCGUCAAAGCAAAAUAUGGCCUCACUACCAGCCCCGAAUCAGUGCUCAGACCCUCUCUGUGUCUGUGUCCCCUCCUGGGAGUCAGUCAGCGCUCAGGCCAGGACUGUGCAGGGUUGGCCAGCCCAUGCGCUAGUCAGGAGCACAGGCAAGGGCUGCCUGUGGCAGUGGCCGGGCACCUGAGCCCCAGCUCGUUGUUAAACGUGCUGACCGCAAGGGCCAAUGGAGUGAGUUUCCCAACUAAAAAAACCACUAUUAUUUGAUAUUUUUUUUUCCCUUCAGUCAUAUAGACUUCAGAUAACUGCUCCUAUUUUUUAUGGAUUUUUCAGCUCAUUUCGGAUGAAGGAACUAAGUCAUUGUGAACUGUCUCUUGGGAUCUAAAAACAAGAUGACUUUGCCUGGCACAUAUUCCAAAGCAAAGACUUUGUUGCCUGCUGCUUAUUAUCUAAUUUACAGGGAUAUUUAAUUUUGUCAGGUCUAUGUAUAUUUAUCCAGCUAUACUUACUUGCACAGUGGAUUGGGGAGAAGAGACCGACCCUCCAGUGUGCACACUCAUCGCUACUCUUUCCGCGCUUCCCUCAUGCUGUGUCCCGCUCGGGUUCCAAGGGACAGUAUCAGGGCUUGUUUCACUUGGGUCUUUCAGUUUUUCUUUUGGUUCCCUUUUAAAAUGUGAUUGUUAACCUGCCCCUUAAAAAGAAAAAAUUCAGCUGGGUGUGGUGGCUCACGCCUGUAAUCCCAGCACUUUGGGAGGCCAAGGCAGGUGGAUCUCCUGAGGUCAGGAGUUCGAGACCAGCCUGGCCAACAUGGUGAAACCCCGUCUCUACUAAAAAUACAAAAAGUAGCCGGGCGUGGUGGCAUGUGCCUGUAAUCCCAGUUACUCGGGAGGCUGAGGCAGGAGAAUCGCUUGAACCUGGGAGGUGGAGGCUGCAGUGAGUUGAGAUUGCACCAUUGCACUCCAGCCCAGGUGACAAAGCAGGACUCUGUCUCAAAAGAAAAGAUUGAUUUUGCUGCUGCUCCCAGAAGGUUUGCUGGAUGUGUUUACAUAGGACUCUAACUUGUGUGCACUACAGUUGUUCACCAGGGCCAGUGAUUCACCCCGGUGUGUGGCCAGACCAUGACUGUGUAGCAGGAAUGUUUUAAUUUGUGCUUCCUUAGUAAAUGGAAAUAUCAGCUGAGAGACUAUUUGCUGCUAUUGUUCAAAAGGCCAUUUAUGAAGUUAGUAUUUGAGCCCCAUAGGAUCUUUACAAAGCCUCCAGUCAUUUAAAGGAAGAAAUCAGAGUUGUUAUAAAAUUCAUGUAAAAAGCUCACAGCCAAACGGCUGUGCUCAGAUGGAAAGUCUGAGCUGAGGUUGGUCUCUUGCCAAACCCUGGCUGUUGUGUGUUGUUCUUCAUGUCUUCAAGUUCUUUUUUUUUUCAUUCUGCGUAUUCUGGCAUCAGUUCACCUGAGGAGUCCACCAGCCUUCUUGUAUUUAAGGCAUCGUCUUAGACUUUGUGGCUCUAAAGUACUUGUCUGUUGAGAUUGCAAGUCUCUUGUCACCAUCCUCACACAUGACAACAAAACCCGUAAUGCAUAAGUGGCCUUUUUGAACCAAGACUUUGCAAACUGAUCUCUCCCCAGUGAAGGAGUUGAGCACAUUAGCAACAAUGUACAUUAUUAAUUUUGGAUUUUCAUUUUCAUGUUUUAUUUUGUAAAUAUUAUCUGAUGUUUGGAGCUUGAGUAUACAGACUGUAAAUAUAGUUCUUGUAUUUGUACUAAUUCUGAUUCUUUUGCUGUAUAGCCUUAGAUGUGCAAUGCAGACAUUAUCUAACUGUGUAUGGUAACCUUGCAUCACGGAACUAUUAGUGAACGAGGUAAAAAUAAUAAAGGUACAGCCAGUGCAUC